AUGCUCAUGAAUCUGUCCAACCACGUUGCACGGAAGGCAUUGCCAGAUGCCGGGCCACCAGAGGUGGCGGAGAGAGAAACAGCGACACUUGCCUCGAUUCCAGAAGGCAGUGCCGUGAUCGGAAAGGAGACCGUGGAGUGGCUUCAGACUGGUCUGAAAGCAACUGGCAAGCACGUGUCGACAGAGCUCGCAAGCUUGCUAGUGCAGAUGGGGCAGACCCUGGCAGCCAGCAGCAGCGACAUGCAGCGGCUGGCGCAGAACAUCCAGAAGCUGCCCCUGCCGACGCCAUCAAGCGCCGCUUCAGAGAAGCCUUCUUUGCGCUCCACUGGGGUCAAUACGACCCAGGCAGUGGUUCUGCCAAGCAAGCCCAAGGAGAAGGAGCCAGAGGCUGUUGCCCCGGCUCCUGUCGAGCCUCAGCGCGACUUCGAAGGAGAACUCCGACGACUUCGGGAACAGCUCGAGGAGCAAAUUCGUCAAGCGCAGGCGGAGGCGGAGCGCCAGCGGAAGCGGGCUGAAGAGGCCAUGAAGAAGCUGGAGGAAGAGAUGAAGAAAGCCGAGCAGCUGAUCGCAGAACUGCGGCGGAAGCUGAAAGAGUUGCAGGAGCUCCUCCAAAAAGCCGGUCUGGGCAAACUGGUGGAGGAAGCCCUGGCAGCAGCUGGGCUGACUGACUUCCUCAAGGGGCGCGACGUGUUUGAGAGGCUCUAUCGUGACGCCCUGCGGCGCAUGCGAACGCAGGCAGAGAUCCAGGCUCGCCUGACCGAGGAGAGCGCCAAUCAGUUUGUCCGAACGCUACAAGAUCUGGCCAACCACCCACUAGUCGCAAUUGAUGCGGCAAUGGAAUUGCAUGGAGGCGGCGGCCACUCUCCCUUCCAGGUGAUGCGCUUUUCCCCUGCGGAGACCCCAGGUGAAAGUGCCAGGCUGGUGCCAAGCAUCCGGGAUCGGCUUCCACGGUCCAAGACGGCUGCCAUUUUGGGCGAGAAUCGCAGCGAGAAGGAUCAUAAGAAUGAAGGGGAGGAUUCUGAAGGUGAGGGCACAGACUCUCAACGCGCCGGUCGUGUGCGCCGGGCCGUGACAGUAGCUUCAGGCAUGGAAGAGAAAGCGAAGCUUGGCUCGGUCGGCUCGGUGGGCUCCAUGAAGCCACUGGUAAAACAAGGUUCUGGUUUCGUGCGCAUGUGCUCAAUGGGCUCAGGCCGCGGAGAAGGUUUGUCUGUGUCUCCAAGUACGUCUAUGAAAUCGAGGCAGACAGCUCCGCCAUCUCCUCAGCAGGCGAACUUGAUAUCGGCGCGGCCACUGGCAGCCGGACCGAGCUGGCCGUUGGGCAAUGGCAACGUAGCCGUGGAGGGCAGCGGGAACUUCACCAGGGCCUCAAGCAGAGGCUCGGAUGUUGCAUCAACGCCGGUGGGAAGUCCGGUGAGGAGCCAAUCGCCACCUCGUCACAGGCCCCAGGGCCUUCGCUCACGAAGCCCUGAGAAGAAUUUGCCCUUGCAGCCGAUCCUCUCCGUGAGCAGCAUCGGCCCCAGACCUGCACCGUCUGCACCAAGACCUGCACCGAGCCAACUCAUUCCCAGUGCAAAAGGAUCCGCAAAGCGUCGCGAGAGCAGGAGUUCUCCUGGGCGCCUCGGACAGAAGGCUUCCGAGGUACUUCGAUCUGCUGGGAGCCUGGCCAUGCCUUCCGUACCCCAGUCGCAGUUCCUGCAAGCCAUCCAGGGAAAGAGACCGGCGUCGUGA